AUGGUGGCAAUAACUCCCUGUUCUCUCCUCCCCAUCCUGCUCCUGGUAACCUCUGGUCUACUUGCUGUCUCUACGAAUUUGCACAUUCUAGACAGCGAGACCGUGCACUACCACUACGGGCCAAAGGACCUGGUCACAAUCUUGUUCUACAUCUUCAUUACCAUCAUCUUGCAUGCCAUCGUUCAGGAGUACGUCUUAGAUAAAAUCAGCAAACGGCUUCAUCUCUCCAAGGUCAAGCACAGCAAGUUCAAUGAAUCUGGACAGCUGGUCGUCUUUCAUCUCAGUUCUGUGAUAUGGUGCUUCUACGUGGUGGUGGCGGAAGGAUAUUUAACAAACCCGAGAAGCCUCUGGGAAGACUACCCGCACGUCUGUCUCCCCUUCCAGGUGAAGUUUUUCUAUCUGUGCCAGCUGGCCUACUGGCUACACGCACUUCCUGAGCUGUAUUUCCAGAAGGUACGGAAGGAGGAAAUUCCCCGUCAGCUCCAGUAUAUUUGCCUGUACCUGGUCCACAUAGCUGGAGCUUACCUCUUAAACCUGAGCCGCCUGGGCCUGAUCUUGCUGCUCCUGCAGUACUCCACUGAGUUCCUCUUCCACACGGCUCGACUCUUCUACUUUGCAGAUGAAAACAACGAGAAGCUGUUCAGUGCCUGGGCUGCUGUAUUUGGGGUCACCCGCCUCUUCAUCCUCACCCUCGCCGUGCUGGCCAUUGGUUUCGGACUGGCUCGCAUGGAAAACCAAGCGUUUGACCCUGAGAAGGGGAACUUCAAUACCUUGCUUUGCCGGCUGUGCGUGCUGCUGCUGGUGUGUGCCGGCCAGGCCUGGCUCAUGUGGCGCUUCAUCCACUCCCAGCUGCGGCACUGGCGGGAAUACUGGAACGAGCAGAGCUCCAAGCGCAGAAUCCCGGCUGCCCCCAGACUUCCAGCCAGGCUCCUCAAGAGGGAAUCUGGUUACCACGAAAACGGAGUGGUGAAAGCUGAGAAUGGAACCUCCCCACGGACUAAGAAACUCAAGUCUCCUUAAGGCCAAAGUGCUGCCAACAGGAAUCCUCUCGGCGGGGCCUGGCAGGGAGGCCCGGAGCCCAGGCCUCGGCCGCCGCCCCCUCCCCGCUUGUGAUGCUCCAUCUCAAACAGCAGAAGCCUGUCUCUAAACGGGGCUUUUCUCUUUCUCUCUUCUUUGCUUCCUCUUCUUUUUUCCUUCAUAAACCAUUCUCAAUAAAACCAAAAAUCUUCCUCUUCCUCUCCCGCAAGCCACCUCACGCUCUCACCUCUGUCCCGUGUCGGGUUUUCUAGACUCCCAGGUUCUCGUGGUUAUCUUUCUGCUUGCCUCCUCUUUCUCUUCCUUCACAGCUGCCUCUUUCUCUUUUUACUUUUUCAUUUUACCUUAUUGUGCAAUUUUUCUGUGUCUGAUUUUUACAAUGGGAGGGAGCUAAGAUUGCAGGACAGUCCACCCACCACCCGGCUCAGCCCCCAGGACCUCGGAAAGGCUGGAAGCAUCACACCACAGAGCCAGAGCCGGAGCCUGGGGCAAGGAGCAGGCCCUGGCACCCUGGGGUCGAGUGGGCAAGAAGAAGAGAGGCCACCCCUCUUGGAUCAUAAUCUCCUUGGUGCUGAUAAAAUGGCGAGAUGUAUGAUUCCAGUUCUGCAGGCACCAUCUUGAGGCACAGCAGUGCCACUGCUAGUUUUAAAUGCCAAGGCGUUUGGCUUUGGGACGUGAUGACACAGUCCAGAAGGAUGGCGUUCACUGUGUCAGGUCCCAGGACCCAAGAGAGCUCACCAGUGGCUGGUGUUGGUCUGGAAGCCAGCCGCUGUUGCUCUGUUAGGGAUGCCGAUGGAGGACAAGUCUUCCCACUUCUAGAGCAAGAGCAAAGCGUACCAAGCAGCAGGCCCUUCUGGAAAGGUAAUGGCAGCAGAAAUGAUGGAGUAGUUGACCCAGGCCUUUCCUCAGCCACCCCAGCUGCAGUUGCUUUUUCAACCAAUUCACCAGCAUUCAAUACCAAAACAAACAGCAGUUAACAAAGCUGACCAGGAUAUGUUAGUCCUAGACUCCCAGAACCAGCCUGCCUUGUCAGGGGCCAAACUUGCUGUCUUGACUUCAUCUCUCUAAAUGCAGGAACACUAAGCUUCAAGGGCUCCAGCCUCACACAGACCCUUGGGGCCCCGGGGAGGGUCACCUGGGCUUCUCACCCUGUGGCCUCUUGUUGUGUGUUCUCUGGAAUCGUUGUCAUCAUUUCUGAUGUUUGUUGGGCACACCUGCAGCGUUUUAGACUGGAUGAAACCAGGACUGACUCAGAUCACUCUUCUGGUUAGAUGAGCAGACACAGCUAUGUCCGUGGGAGCCUUUGGCCCUCCUCACUUAUUCUUUUCCCUCCCCUCCACCCAAAGGCAAGGCCUCCAACUCCCUGUGGUGCCUUCUGAGGACUCCCAGAAGAGUUAGGCUUUAAAAAGUCCUAAUUAAGAACUUCCAGACUGUGCAGAGGUAAAGGGGAGCAGUUUCUGGUGGGUCUUGAAAUGUUACUGUCUUUCAAGAUCCUGCUGUUCUUCCUGGCAUCACAGUGGAAACCAGGCCUUGGAUUUUUGCCCCCAGAUGGUGAGAUGGGUCUUUUCAUCAAGGAAACUCCCCUUCUGCAAGUCACUUGCAUCACAGAUAGAUUUUAGUUUACCCGUGAAUGAGGGAUUGUUUCCCAAGACCAUUUUUGCCAGCAUCUCUGCCUAGAUAAGGUUGCAGAAAUGGGAAGGUGCCCUGGCUGUUUUGGUUGCCCUUAGGAAGCAGGACAGUGUUAUAGAAAAUACCCGUUUCUUCCAUCCCACCCUGUCUGUGGAAUAGUAAUUUCACAAAGGGUGAACUUGCUAUCAGCUAAACAGACCUGAGCCAGAACCCCGUAGCAUCUCAGACUGGUGCAGGCUGUAGUUGAGGUCACUCUCCCUCCCUUGCUUGCAGGUAGCUGUCAGUGGAGGGCGUGUUCAGCCAGCAGCCGCCUGAGCCGGCCUGCCUUCCCCACCAGCCUGGACGCCCAUCCUGGGUUCUCUGCAGGCUGCUGUGGAAGGGCCUUGCCAGUGUCUUGCAGGCAGCUGCCAUCCCCAGUUGCACCCAGGUUAAUGUGCCGGCUCAUGGCUUCAACAACUAUGUGGGGUACGCUUGCCUGGCUCUGGGGAUGUCGUGAGCUGUGUAGCUGAAGUCCCAACAUCAGGCCGCCUCUGUUCUCAUGUAUGUAGAUCUUCAUCACUCUGCCCCAGCACAUGAGAGUGCCAGAUAGGACAGGGCUCCCUGUUCCCUAAGACAAAGCGUCUGGCGCUGCCCAGUGUGCUUGCGUGUGGUACCCUGACCCAGUAGCUGGGGUCAGCCGGGGCUCUGCUUCCUGAAGGAAGCUCCUGAGAGAGUGGUCAGUGAUGGGAGUUAGUACAAUCUUUUUUGCUAUGUUAAAAAAGAAAAUCCCCUUUCCCCCCAAAAACCCUGAGACCAUAAGUAAGGUGGCAUCUCAUCAGCUUGGGCUUCAGGGAUGAUUUGUGGGGUUAGAUGGUAAUUGUAGGGUACUUUCACCCCACCGGCUUCCCUGGCACAUUUGUGUCAGAGUGGAGCCAAGUCUUUGGUGCACUGGCUCAAACCACAUUGCCAGAGGCUGAAUUAAUUCUGUUCCACUUCAUCCUGUGAGCUUGUUGGGCUGGCUUGUCCCAGUUUGGCCACUUGGGCCACUUUCUUCAGCUUUACACACUCUCUCCUGUCCCUGAAUGAAGUGCCAAGCUACCAGCAACAGCCCUGUCAAAUACCUCCAAAUUUGAGGCCUGGCUCACCACCCGCCAAGAGCAGGAGAGGCAAUGCUAAUCUACCUCAGCAACUGCUGCCUUUCUCCCGCGUGCAGGGAAGCCACGGGGAUGGCAGAGGUGGAAGAGGGAGGCUGUCUUGGUGGAAUGGGGGAUCCCACGCUGUCUGUUCUCUUCCUUGGAGGUUCAGUGAUGGGGAAAGCUGCCCAGGGUUCUGAGAGCUGCACUGUUGAUAAACCACAUAUGUUCCUUUUGAAGUUUGGGAGAGCUCCUGAGUUUAAAUGGAUGGUUGUUGGGGGAAGGGUCUCAGGCUGAGCCAGGAGGACAGCUAAGCACUUCUAGUCUGCAUAUUUCCAGCCACCAAGCCUUAAGAGUUGCUGAGAACCUUUUCUGUUCUUCCUCAAGGCAGAACUUACCAACGUUUAAGCCACAAGAAUGGACCCCUGUGCUCUGGGCACCUUGGCAGAUGCUUCUCUUGACUGGAACCCCUCAGAUCCUGAAAACCCCUGAAGCGUGGGUUGGGUGUUCCAGGGGUAUAUGUUUUCAGGUUGUCUUUUAGGACCUUCCUUAACACCCCUUGUCUUUUCUAAGUGGGAAAAACAAGGGAAGGGCAGAGAUUGCCCAUCCUGCCAAGAUUCCACAACAUGAAGUUAUAUUCCAUGAAUGCUUUGUAAGUGGAAAGUGGCUGGCUGGCUGCCAUGUGGCUGGGGAUGGCCUUGGUCUGGGUUUCCUUCAUAUGCUUCAGCCUCCCCGGUUUACUUUUCCUAGGCAUAAGGUGAGUGCAGGUUGGGAAGUCUGAAUGUAUCUAACCCCCCAGCCCAGAGACCUCAGUAUCACAAGUGAAGAAGCCUUAAUUCUUGGUCUUCUAAGGCCUCUGAGUUCCACCGCCCAACAGUGUGCUGAAGGCUGGCAAGUUGGGAAAAUGCUGAGUAGUCGGGCUUUCCUCGCUCUGCCUUCCUAGCUCUUCCUCAGGAGGGGGCUUUGGGGAUUACAGGCCUUUAGCUUUUUGGUAAAUCUUACUGGAGUAUAAGAUAAUUGUCCGAUCACUUGCAAAUCUAAAUAGAAUCCCUCUCCAGCCAUGGCUGGUCCAGAGAGGAAGCCUUUACCUACUUCUGACUGUACGCCCUAGUUCUUGCAUGAAUAUUAACUCCACCUCCCCCAACGCCUGAAAAAAGACCUCCCACCCCACUCACACGCUCUUUUAGGAAAGCCUGGGAUCAGCAGAGCUCUGAGAAAGAAAAGCAUUCAGACUGGCUGGCUCUGACUCCUCUUGCUGUGCUGGGCAGCCCCUGCAGAGUUUUUGUCCUAGCAGGUCCUUACUCUGUGUGUUACGAAGUGCCUUCCUUUGCCGUGUGGUCCUCACUCGUAUGUGUGGCCAGCCCCCCCCCCCCACCAGAGCUGUGGGGCUGCUUGUCAUGUGCAGCCAAGGACACCGUACCUCAGUAUAAAAAGGGACGCGGAUUGUAGCAGUUUUGCCUCGUGUCAUGGCCUUUCCCCUGUUGUGUUCGGGUGUGAUGUGUUCUGUUUCUGGUGUCUCCCUUGUUUAAGUUCUCUUCCGCCCAGGCUGGGUGGCGGCAGAAGCAGGCGAGGUGGUCCAUCGAGGCACCUGUGUCCUUGCCUCCUAAGGGAAGUGCAGCAGGCCAGCGCCCCGUGUGCUUCUCGCCCUUCUUAGUUGAACCCCGCUCUUCCGGUCUCCCCCAUGUUAAAAAAAAAAAAAAAAGACUUCCUUACCCUUGGCUCUUCUCACUUAGCCUCUCAUUCAACCCAAAGUUUGUAUAGCAAAGGUGUCUUACUUUCCA